AUGAGGGUAUCUUCAUUACACCCAGAUCCUCAAUCCAGACAAUGGAUACAUGAAGAAGAUGUUUUAAAAUGUACAAAAUGUGAAACAACAUUUGGAUGGACUUUGAAAAAAUAUCGUUGUCGUCAUUGUCAAAAGAUAUUUUGUUAUUAUUGUUCAAAUCAUUGGCAGCCAGGUUCAACACCAAAUACUCAACAUCGGCUGUGUGAUUUUUGUAAUGAAAAAUUUGUAAAAGAAUCAUUAAUGUCAAAUUAUACAAUGCUCGAUGAUCCAGAUAAUAAUAAUGAAACAAAAAAUGAUGUUGAUCUGAAAUUUGAAGUACGAUCUGAACGUUUAAACUCAACAACAAACGACAAUUCUCCAUUGCCUGAAGAUCAACAGAUAUAA